CAACGUUUUAGGACAUUAUAAGCGCAUUUUGGGGCAGCCGGUGCACACACCGAAACACUUCCAGACUCCUGAGAUGGCCAAAGUUGCAUGCAGCACGCGCCUUGUCUAUGAUUAACAAUUGCUUUCUAGUUAGGUAGCUCACUUGAUUGUGAAACACAUCCGCAGACCGCUAGGGCUGAAGUCAUGUGUGAGGUGGUGCUAGUUGUGGUGUGUAAAGAGGAAGCGCUUCGCUGACAGAGGCUUGGACACACGAAGACGCUGCUGCUGUGAUGAGUGAAGAUGUCUCCACAGAGAGUGUUCGCGCUGCCCAGACAGCGUUCCCUGCUGCUGCCCGCCGUCAUCAACCCAUUCGUGCACGACCUUAAGUUAACCAAAGCCGAUAAAAUCAAAUGUUUUCUUCGAGGAAUCAUCCUUGUGCCGUUGCGUGGCAUUUUCUUGCUUCUCGUUCUCAUGAUCAUGUGGCCGGUUUCUUUCAUGAUAACAUUCGGACAGUCUCUGAAAGGAGCAGUGGAGCCCAUGACUGGCUGGAGAAGGUUCAUGCACAAAAGAGUGAUGACCUUUCUAGGCCGGCUGUAUUUCUUCGGCAUGGGCUUCAGGGUGGUGGUGAAGGGGAAGCAGGCCAGCAGUGUAGAGGCCCCCAUUCUAGCUGUGGCCCCCCACUCUUCUUUCUUUGAUGCCAUUGUCUGUAUUGAAACUGGUCUACCCUCUACUGUAUCCCGUUCGGAGUCCCUGGAAGCACCAAUCUUUGGCAGGUUUUUGCGCUGUGUGCAGCCUGUGCUUGUUUCACGCAAAGAUCCAGACUCUCGUAGAAACACUAUCCUUGAGAUUGAGCGGAGAGCAAAGUCUGGAGGACACUGGCCACAGGUGCUCAUUUUCCCUGAAGGAACAUGUACGAACAGAUCAUGUCUCAUUACCUUUAAGCAAGGUGCCUUUGUCCCAGGGGUCCCAGUACAGCCUGUUCUGAUCAGAUACCCAAAUAAGUUGGACACAGUUACAUGGACAUGGCAGGGCCCAAAAUCGGCCAGACUACUGCUGCUCACACUCUGUCAGCUCUAUACUACAGUGGAGGUUGAGUUUCUGCCCCCUCGAAUUCCUACUGAGAUGGAGAAAAGGUGUCCUAUCAAGUUUGCUCAGUCAGUGAGAGCUGUGAUGGCUGAGUCUCUGGGCCUGCCGGUCACAGACCACACCUACGAAGAUUGUCGUCUGAUGAUUGCAGCUGGAGAACUGACCCUGCCUAUGGAGGCAGGUCUCGUGGAGUUUACCAAGAUUAGCAGGAAAUUGGAAUUAAAAUGGGACAAUGUGAAGAAGGAAUUGGAGAGUUUUGCCAACAUAGCCUGUUCUUGCAAAGGCGGCAGGAUCACAAUUGAGGAGUUUGCUGGCUUUCUCAAACUGCCUGUCAGCCCAGCUCUACAAGAGCUCUUCGCUCUGUUUGACAGGAAUGGCGAUGGCACCAUUGAUUUCAGAGAGUAUGUCAUUGGUGUCACAGUUCUGUGCCGCCCAGCUAAUAAUGAGGAAGUCAUUCAGACUGUUUUUAAGCUGUUUGACAUUGAUGAGGACAACUGUAUCACACAAGAGGAGUUUAGCGGUUUGCUGCGUUCUGCUCUUGGAGUGUGUGAUCUUGACGUCCACAGCCUCUUCAGAGAAAUUGAUGCAGAUGGAUCAGGACACAUAACUUAUGAUGAGUUUUGUUCCUUCGCUCUCACCCACCCGGAGUAUGCCAAGCUCUUCACCACCUACAUUGAGCUACAGCGUUACCAGGGUCUCCAGGGGGAGGAGCUAGAUUUUGAUGCCAGUUUGUCUCACUGCUGUACUGCUUCUCAUAAUAACCACCAAGAGGACAGUACCUCUGAUAAGAAAGAUGACUGACAGCAUGCAGCCAUAAGGUUCAUAUUCUGCCAAGUCAUUUGAACACCUGCCUUAAGCUUGGGCGGAGGGAUUUUGUACACAGGCAUAUGCCCUAUCAGCAGUUUUCUGUUUACACCACCAAGUAUUUCAUAAACUAUUCAGUGGUUUAUUUAAAGGGUUUCAGAUCAAUGUUAAUGCAUACAGGCAUGCUAAAACAUUUUGGUAACACUUUAGUACAGGGACCAUUUCUCACUAUUAACUAGUAGCUUAUUAG